AUGAGCACAGAGUCGAGAUCGCACUGGCUUGUUUCCGAAGCCUUCAACAUUGGUUGCUAUCUGAAUUUAUCAAAUUUAAAAUCGUUCAUGUUGGUAUCAAAGAGUAUUUAUGAUGAAUUGAACGCACCUUCUUCAGACGAUAAAUUAUGGAAAUUUCAUUACGAGCGAUUGAGUGUUUUGGACAAAAAGAUUUCGGGAAGCUUACGUUCAUCAUCCAAUAGUGAUGAAAAGUUAUUCAAAAUUAAAUUACAAAAACUAGUGUUGAGUAUUAAAUUUGAUAAGAUGAAAUCCAUUUUCUCGUCCAAAAAAGGGCAAUACAUUCUCUUGCAAGACGUAGAAUUUCCAUCCAAUAGCAAUAGUUUGGAAAGAAAUUCGUUACAACUGGUGGAUCAUUUAAAUAAUUUUCUCUAUUUUAAUAAUAAGAACAAGGGUCACGGAGAUCGGAUACUCAAGUGUUUUAUCACAAUUGUUAGGGCAUUGGUAGCAAUGAGCGAGUAUCAUGACUCUCAAAAAUUGAUUACAAUCUACCAAAAAGUUGUGAACAAAUUUGUUUCCUUAUUCUCUGCAGAUUUUUAUGGAUCGAUUGUUGAUUUUACUCCAAAACACAAACUAAAAUCAGCUACCAAAGCCAAGGCGUUGUCUCAGGUAAUUGAAUUAGAAAAGAAAAUCGGAAGCGAGGUAAUUGAGGCAUUGCUACCUCUGGAGGAAUCGGUUUCAGCCCUAAAUAACUACAAGGCAGUUCUUUUUGUGAACUUUUUAGAGCUAGCUCAACAAAAUUGUGAACAAGAAAUCAUAGAGUCCUGUUUAUUGAAUGUUAUACAGCGGUGGAAGAAAAAUUCAAACACCACCUUGAAAAUUGUGAAGGAUAAAAUUUCAAUUGAUCACCCACAAGUCAUUAGAAAUGAGUUUGAGUGGUGUCAUCACAAAAGUCAUGGAGAACCACUUUGCUCAACAUUUUUGAAAGCAAUAACACGAAGUAGCGAUGCUAGUCAUCUUUUCAACAAGUACACAUCGACCCAUUCAUCAUUAGACAGAAUUCUUUCCCGUUCAACUCGAAACACUGAUUCCAAUAAUAAUAUUCAUCUUGUUCAUAACAUUGAUGAUGAUUUCAUUGAUUUGAGUCAUGACAUUCUCUCUGAUUUUGCUUUUACGGAUUCUGCCAAUUCCAAGCAUACUAUUGAAAAAGUACUUUCUGUUCACAACAAGUAUUACAACAAUGAUCAAUUAACUCUCUCCAACAACCAUCAUCGGAAGAGUUCAACAAUGAGCAGUACGAAUGAUGGUUCUUCUUCUCUCCCAACCACCACUACUUCGACUUUCAAAGAAGAAUCUGAUCAUAUUCAACAACAACAACAACAACCCACUCCUCUUCCCAUAGUGAAUGAAAUUCCACAACAAUUUAUUCUCAAAUUUAAAGAAUCGGUCAAGCUCACUGAAAAGAUGAAACAAGAAUUUGAAAAGUCCACAUCCAUUCAAUUACUUCAAUACAUUCCAGAUCAUAGUUAUUUAAUUUAUGUUACACCUUCUCAAUUGAAUCAAUUGAUUGCACAAUCUCAACAACAAUCAUUCUCCAAAGGUGUAUCCAUGAUCAUUUCAAAGGUCAUUCCACUCUCUCCAUCCAUGAAAAUUAAUCCAACUUUGAAACAUGAUAUGGAAAAUGAACGAAUCAUUCGAGUGCCAUGUCAGAAUGGGAAGGGACAUGUUGGUGGUAAUGGUGGUGGUGUUAUUGGUGGUAGCAUUGGUGGUGGUUCAUUGAUUCAUAUUGCCUCAUCAUUGGUUCCAUAUCCAUAUUUGACGAAUCAAGAUACUCGUGAGAUUGCUCAACAAAUUCGACAAGUCUGUGAAAGACAACAUCACAUGAAUGUUCGAUUUGUAAGAUUAAUUUCAAAUCGUAAAAUCAUGUUGAGUGUACAAUUAUGUUCUCGUUCAGAAUUGAAUACUUUGAUUGAUGUAUUAUCUCAUCAUCCAGCGGUGAAUUGGAUUGAAAGAUUUGAUAUGGAACGUGAUGGAUUCAUGCCAGAGAAUUAUCAUGCUCGCUUAUUGAUUCAAGGUGGAAAGAGAGCACUUGUUACUGGUACCACUCUCAACUCGGCGGAUCAAGUGGCUGAUGGACCUUUUCAUGCUGUUGGAUUGACUGGAAAGAAUCAAACAGUGGCCAUCUCAGACUCUGGUCUCGAUGUGGAUCAUUGUUUCUUUUAUGAUCCUCAGGUCAAGGUUCCAGUCAUUCUCUCCUCAAAUGCUCUUCUCAAAGAAUCCAAAAGAAAUGGACAACACCACUCUCAGAUUGUCAAUGACUUGGAUGUCUUGAUUCAAAAAUUACAAAAAUCAACGACUACUACCAGUACUACUGGAACAACAACAAAUACUGGUGGAUCCAUAACUGGAAAAGAACAUCGUAAAAUCAAAGCCUAUGUCGCCUUUAUGGACUCCAAAGAUGGUGGCCAUGGUCAUGGUUCGCACACUUCAGGUAUUCUCACUGGUCAAUGUCUCUAUCCUAAAAGUAACAUUUGUAGACACAAUGGUCUCGCACACGAUGCUAAACUUGUCUUUUUUGAUGUUGGUUGUGAUUUGGAUGGUGGAUGUUCAUGUGACUCGUUCGAUGCAUGUCCAUGUUACAUGUAUCCAGAUUCAAAAUGUCCAGGAGGAAACAAGUUAGUCACUCCCAUUGAUUUGUAUAGUGGUAUGUUUGAACCUCAAUAUGCUUUGGGUGCUCGAAUUUCAUCCAAUUCCUUAGGUGGUGCUAUCGGAUAUGGUUACACUCAGAGCACUGCAGAAAUUGAUAAAUUCCAAUACGAUCAUGAUGAUUUCCUAGUGGUAUGGAGUGCUGGUAAUUCUGGACACAAGGGCUACAUGACACUCACUGGACCCACGAAACAAGCCAAAAAUUCUCUCAUUGUUGGAGCCUCUACCAAUGUACUCGAAUCGUGGCAAGAAGCCUUACAACUUAGAAAUUAUACGGAACGCGCUCUUUUUUUACGAAAGAAAUUCUCUAAAAAAUUUUCAUGUACCUGUGAAGCUAGUGGUAAAAAGAAGAGUGGUAGCAACAAGAGUGUCGUAAACAACCAAGUCGUUGAAUUUAAUACCUUCUCAGCUUCAUGGUGUCAUUUCGAUGCAUGCCGAAAGAUUGAGAAGUUGACUUCUGAAGAAGCAUGUGAGACCUUCAUGGGUGGUGAAAAGUGUCAAUUCCCUAAAAAGUACAAGAUUUCACUCAUGAAAAAGAAAGCCAAUUUCAAUGUUGCUUUUGCAUGUAGCCAAAAAUGUGCGCUCAAGAAUUUACAUUUACCUGAAAUGCGAUCACUCUUUGACUCGGAGAAUUUGGCAGACUUUUCUUCACUCGGUCCAGCAUUGGAUGGUCGUAUUAAGCCUGAUGUUGUGAGUCCAGGCUAUUUUGUCAUUUCUACACAAUCUCAUUUUGGAGAUGCUAAAGGAAAAUGUUCUCUCGAGAAUAGCAAUGACGUGAAAUUCAAUUUGAAGGAAAUGGCGGGAACAUCCAUGUCGACACCACUCGUUGCUGCUGCUGCUACGAUUGUGCGGCAAUAUUUCACUGAUGGAUUCUAUCCAAGUGGUAAGAGACCAUCCAAUGCUCAGGAAUUGGCCAAAUCCGAAUAUACCAACCCAAGUGCAGCAUUGAUUAAGGCUAUAUUGAUUUCGAGUGCACGUGGAAUGAAAGGCCUCGCCCGAGCCAAGGAUUAUUUUGAUCAUUUCAAUCCUAAACAUCGAACCAUCUUUGAAGGCUUUGGUUUGAUUAAUUUAUCAAAUACUUUGAAAUUAGCUCCAGAGAGUGGUGUUGGACAGGCUACUACUACAAGUACUAGCACCACUAUGGAUUUAUUUGUUGUCGAUCGUCAAGAAAUUACCACCGAUCUCGUUCAUUCCUAUAAUUUCAUUGUGGUUGAUAACUCGACAGAUUUGAGUAUUACAUUGGUAUGGACUGAUUAUCCAGCAUCACCAAUGGCAUCACUGGCUCUUGUCAAUGAUUUGGAUUUAAAGUUAGAGUAUGAACUCGAUAAUGGUGAUAUUCAAACUUUUUAUGGUAAUCAUUUUGCGAAUAAUAACCAACCUGAUCGAGUGAAUAAUGUUGAGAAAAUUUUAAUUCCAUCUCCACCACUUCGAACUGCAUUGACAGUGAGUGUGAAAGGACAUAACAUACCUCAUGGACCACAACGUUACAGUAUGGUGAUUAAUGGAAAGAAAAUUUCAAAGGCAUCUGUUAUUAAGCGCUCCUUGGAUGUGACUGAUGUUUCGCCUUCCAAUACGAUCAUGUUCUUUAAUUGGCAAUUUGCAUUAAUUAUCACUUGUAUGGGAACUGCAUUGUUAGUAUCAUUGGCAGUGAAUAUUGGGUUGUGUUUGUAUGCUCGUAUUCAAAAGAGAGAUUUCACCAAGCAAUUCAUGAACAUGGACAAGAUGAAAACCGUGUAUUAA